AUGCUCAAUCCCACUUCUGCUACGUUCACCUUGAACACUGGGGCCAAGAUCCCCGCGGUCGGUCUAGGGACAUGGCAAUCCAAGCCCAACGAGGUCCGCGAAGCUGUCAAGGUCGCGCUUCAGAAAGGCUACCGCCACAUUGAUACCGCACUGGCGUACGAGAACGAGGAGGAGGUCGGACAGGGAAUUCGUGACUCUGGUGUUCCCCGCGAGGAGAUCUGGAUUACCACCAAGCUCGAUAACCCGUGGCACCACCGCGUUGAGGAGGGUAUCACUUCGAGCUUGAAGAGCCUGGGCGUGGACUAUGUGGAUUUGUAUCUCAUGCACUGGCCUUCCAGCACCGACCCCAAGGACCUGAAGAAGCACCUCCCAGACUGGAACUUCGUCAAGACCUGGCAAGAGCUUCAAAAGCUCCCCGCCUCUGGCCGCGUCAAGAACAUCGGCGUCUCCAACUUCGCCAUCAGGAACCUUGAAAUUCUCCUCAACGACCCGUCGACUAAGAUCGUGCCCGCCGUCAAUCAAAUCGAACUGCACCCUAACAACCCUUCCCCCAAACUCCUCGAAUACUGCAAAGCCAAAGGCAUCCACUGCACCGCCUAUUCCUGCCUCGGUUCCACCGACUCGCCGCUCUACAAAGACGCCCAGCUGAAGGCCCUCGCCGAAGCCAAGGGCAAGUCCGUGCAGCAAGUACUUCUGAAGUGGGGUCUUCAGCGCGGCACCAGCGUGAUCCCGAAGAGCGUGACGGCUUCGCGGAUCGAGAGCAACUUUGAACUAGAUGGGUGGGAAUUGACUGAUGAGGAGAUGACGAAGCUGAGCAGCCUCCCGGAUCGGUUCAAGGUGUGUGGGGAUGAGUGGUUGCCCGUGAAGGUGUUUUUUGGGGAUGAUGAGUAG